CACAACCCAACCACAAUCAGACGGCUGUAGCCAAAAUUCUCGUGUAUACAUGGCAGUAAACCCAUAAAAUUCCCAAAGUUAAGAGACUCUUUCCCUCCACAUUUUCUCUCCUCCUUUCAAAUCUUCACGACUCUGCAAGCUGCUAGAGAGAGACGCAGAUAGCCUCUUUGCAUUCAGUUUCAGUUUUCGCUCUCUGAUUUUGAAACCCUAAUUCAGGAGGAGCGCUUCUUCCUUCUUUUACGGAUUUCACUCGUACGCAUGGUAUAAGGCUACUGUCUGAUUACUACUUGCAUAUCAGUAAGAUUAGGAUUACUUCAGGAACAUGGAGGAAGAGAAAAGUGGGUCCAUGCUUCUACCACCAUCAAUUAUACCAGCCACUGUGAAGCCAGAAAAGCUGGAGUCUCCUCAGCGGUCAAUAAUCAAUAGGCGUGGGUUUGGUACAGCUGGGCGAUGCAUUUCUUUGCUGACAAAUCACUUUAAAGUUUUCGUUGGAUCUCCUGAUAAAAUAUUUUACCAGUAUAAUGUUUCCUUUAGUUCAGAGGAUAAAAAAGCUGUUGAGAGCAAGGGGAUUGGAAGAAAAGUAAUUGAUAAACUUCACCAGACAUACUCAUCUGAACUUGCAGGGAAGAGUUUCGCAUAUGAUGGAGAUGGAAGUUUGUAUACAGUGGGGCCUCUACCACAAAACAACUUAGUGUUCACUGUUGUGCUUGAAGAUUCAUUUGCAAGACAUGGGGGUUCUUCUAAUGAUGGAGGCCCUAAUGGGCCUGGUAAAAGGUCGAAAUGUUCUUUUCAGCCGAAAACUUUCAAUGUAGAAAUCAGUUAUGCUACAAAAAUACCCCUAGAGUCAAUUUCUCUUGCCCUUCAAGGGUCUGAGGUAGAAAACAUUCAAGAUGCUCUCAAAGUGCUUGAUACUAUAUUGCGGCAGCAAGCAGCUAGCAGGGGGUGCCUUUUGGUGAGGCAGUCAUUUUUUCAUAACGACUCAAGGAAUUUCACUGAAGUUGGAGGGGGUGUAACUGCUUGCAGGGGAUUCCAUUCCAGCUUUCGUGCAACUCAUUGUGGUUUAUCCCUGAAUAUGGACGUAACUACAACUAUGAUCUUAACACCUGGACCUGUGAUUGAUUUUUUGCUGGCCAAUCAGAAUGCACGUGAGCCUCGUCAUAUUGAUUGGGUGAAGGCUAAGAAAAUGUUAAAAAAUAUGAGGGUCAAGGCAAGGCACACCAAUUUUGAAUUUAAGAUCAUAGGCUUAAGUGAAAAGCCUUGCAAUCAGCUAUUCUUUACUAUGAAGGCUAGGGAUGGUGGUAAUGGCUAUGAUGGAGGGCAAAGUUUGGACAUUACUGUGUAUGACUAUUUUACCAAAUAUCGGAAUGUUGAGCUUACUUAUUCAGCACACAUGCCAUGCCUUGAUGUUGGCAAACCAAAACGGCCUAACUAUCUUCCACUAGAGCUUUGUACUCUUGUCUCUCUUCAACGCUAUACAAAGGCAUUAUCUUCAAUACAGAGAGCAUCUUUAGUUGAAAAGUCGAGGCAAAAGCCUCAUGAGAGAAUACAAGUUGUGACUGAUGCUUUGAAAAACUGCAGUUAUGAUGAUGACCCUCUCCUUGCUGCUUGUGGCAUUUCAAUUGAGAAACAGCUUACACAAGUUGAUGGUCGUGUCCUUGAGGCACCGAAGUUGAAGGUUGGGAAUAAUGAAGAUUGCAUACCUCGUAAUGGAAGGUGGAACUUUAACAACAAGCAAGUUAUAACUCCCAUUAGAAUAGAGCGGUGGGCAGUUGUCAACUUCUCUGCUCGUUGUGACACAAGUUAUCUUUCCCGAGAGCUUAUUAAUUGUGGAAGGAACAAAGGCAUUCACAUUGAACGUCCACAUACAUUAAUUGAGGAAGAUCCACAGAAUAGAAGAUCUAUUCCUGUUGUACGAGUAGAAAAGAUGUUUGAACAGAUCACCAUGAAACUCCCAGGUCCACCUCAAUUUCUUCUCUGUGUCUUGCCAGAGCGGAAAAAUUCUGAUAUUUAUGGCCCUUGGAAGAAGAAAAGUCUGAGCGACUUUGGAAUAGCCACUCAAUGCAUUUCCCCUUCUAAGAUUAAUGAUCAGUAUCUUACUAAUGUCCUCCUUAAGAUUAACACAAAGCUUGGUGGGAAAAACACAUUGUUGGCCAUAGAGUAUUCCUCUCGUGUUCCCUUGAUAAAAGAUACACCUACUAUGAUACUGGGGAUGGAUGUAUCCCAUGGGUCUCCUGGUCAACCAGAUACUCCAUCAAUAGCUGCGGUUGUUGGAUCGAGAGCUUGGCCUCUAAUAUCAAGAUAUAGAGCAGCUGUAAGAACACAAGGGUCCAAGGUGGAGAUGAUUGAAUCUUUGUUCAAACCAUUAGCAAAUGGGAAUGAUGAUGGCAUUAUGAGGGAACUACUUGUGGAUUUCUAUCAAUCAAGCAAUGGACGUAAACCAGCUCAGAUAAUCUUAUUCAGGGAUGGAGUGAGCAAGUCUCAAUUUAAUCAAGUUCUGAACAUUGAACUCAAUCAAAUUAUAAAGGCUUACCAGCAUCUUGGUGAGGUUGACAUUCCCAAAUUCACGGUGGUUAUUGCUCAAAAGAAUCACCACACGAAGCUAUUUCAAGCUGGUGCUCGAGAAAAUGUUCCGCCUGGUACCGUCGUUGACACAAAAAUUGUGCAUCCAAGAAACUAUGAUUUUUACAUGUGUGCUCAUGCUGGAUUGAUGGGAACUUCUCGGCCUGCACACUAUCAUGUCUUGCUUGAUGAGAUUGGUUUCUCUCCUGAUGACCUGCAGAACCUUGUUCUCUCACUAUCAUACGUUUAUCAAAGGAGCACUACAGCAAUCUCAAUUGUGGCACCAAUCUGUUAUGCACACCUUGCAGCCCAACAAAUGGGGCAAUUCAUCAAGUUUGAGGACUUGUCUGAAACAUCGUCAGGGCAAAAAACAUCAGCGGGAAACCUUGCCAUUCCUGAGCUUCCAAGAUUGCAUAAGGAUGUCCAAGGUUCUAUGUUUUUCUGCUGAGCUGAUUAGCAACUCUUGCAGGCAUUCAUACAUACUGGAAGCAAUAUUAGUUUUGUUGAAUCUGUAAAUACUUUUUGCGUCUUAUAGAAAAUACAUACAGGUAAAUUCUAGUGUUUGUUUUUUGGGACGUGAGAAUAGGUAUGAAGCAAGUAUAUAAAUCAGUUGAUCAGGGUAGAUGAUGAUCAUGUCAUAUGACCAGUUUGCGAGUUUAGUUGGUACCUCUGCUUUUCGAGUAUUGAUGGCCAGAGAUGGCUAAUUUUGAUCAUCCAUUUGCUUAAUUCAUUUUGUCA